AUGAAACCUUGCUCUUCGACGAGGCACUCCUGGUUCCACGAUAAAUUCAAGAAUAUCGAGAAUAACCACUUAUCCGGGCGAAAGAUCGACAAUCUCGGGCUGGUGUUGAAUUUUAUUCGCCAAUCCCCCGAGUUCCAACCCCUCACCAUCUCCGUCAUAUUGACGAAAUUUCAAUCGGCCCCCACCGAAGCUGUUCUCCGAUAUAUCAGAGAGAAUUCGAUCCAGACGUAUAAAGUGAGCACCACGGGAGAGCCUGUUAAAUCCUGUUGUUGGAAGAACAACGAACUGGAAGGAAUCACUUGGUUAUUCACGAUCGACCAUUUCGACGUCAUCCUCGUUUAUCGGGAAUGGCACGUUUGGAACGCGAAUAAUCAAUACUUGAUCGUGUUCACGGGGAGAUCACCGGUAGGGAUCGUACUCUGGAGGGAUAUUUUCGAAACGUUGUGGAGGCGGUAUCACGCUUACAGAGUGAUAGUCGUCUCGGCCGAUGACGAUUUUCGUUGCAUGCUCAGGUAUAAACCUUUCGAGAGGUACGAGGACGGGUACGGUGUCGUGUACAAAACGUGUUUGGGUGAAGGUUCGAGGGUUCAAGGGGGAAGGUUCAACAACGAGUCGCGAUCUAGCUCGCGAAACGGAGGAGAAUCGGAGGGUUGGGGUGAGAUUCUGGAAGCUGGGCAAGGAGGGGGUGCUGCGAGGAGGGUGCUGUUCGAAAAUUUUCAAAAUUUGAAUAAUUAUCCCGUGAACGUGUCGGUGUUCGAAUCUAUACUUAUGAAAAUUUCGUACGAUCGCCGGAACAGAUUGAAACUGGAUAAAAUAGACGCGAAAGCGUUAUUCGUUCUCGAGAAGGCUAUGCGCGCUAGCUUCAACAUCAAAGCGGUGAGGAAGAGAAAUAUCAAACGAGAUCCAUUCUCGUUCCUGAUCAAGGACAUAGAGGGUGGUAUAACCGACAUGUGCAUCACGGGAUUUUUCGUCAAGACUUACGACCGUUUUCAAAAGUUUCAAUUCACACCCUCGAUGUACGAGGACAAGAUAUGCUUCGUGAUGACCAAUUACGGCUUCAUACCCAACAUGUACGUGUUCUUCUUCCCUUUUCGAGCCCACUUGUGGCUCGUAUUGAUAAUGUACAACGUCUUGAUCACGUUGUUAUGGAGGCUUGUAAGGUAUCUAAGCUCGUCGUUUCGACGUCGGCCGCCAACUUUCUCGAAUAAUCAUCGAGGUACGAGGAUUAUCGAGAAAAGAACGAAGAUUCCACAUGUUCGAGGGGAAUCCGUUUGGGAUUCCGUCGGGGGGAAGCCACCGGAAAUUCCUCGGAUAGUGGAAAAAUUCUUCGCUUUCUUCGAGUACCUUUGCUAUCCUAUACGGGACAGUGAAUACACGGCCGAAAGAGCUCUGUUGACCGGCAUACUUUUCUUCAAUCUCAUUAUAAGCGGUUUGUAUCAAAGUUUUCUCGUUUCAAGCUUGAACAAACCUUUCCAUUAUUAUCAGUAUCGCACGGUGGACGAGGUGGUGAGAUCCGGGAAGACGAUGAUCACCAAAUACGAGAACUUGAAGCAAGCGUUCGUUGGCUCUGACCUGUGGGAGAAAAUUCAAGUGAUCGAGUUUCAACGAUCGACGAAAAAUAUCGUGUUGGCCGAGGAUAAGAUCUCGAUGACCAGAUUGUACAAUAUGCAAUUAUUACCUCACAGAUACUACAACGAUCGUGAAAAAUCUUCGUUGUACAUGGUGGACGAGUGCGCGAUGACUUAUAGAAUUUCUUACAUUUUGAAAUUGCAUUCACCGUACGCAGAAAGGGUUAAUUUCGUGUUGUUGAGAAUGGCGGAGGCAGGGCUGCCCGAACACUGGAUAGACGAGAUGAAGUACUUCGUUACGUUAUAUAACAAAGGAGGGACGGAAGAUUUCGUGAAAAUACACAAGUUGUCCCUCGGCUAUUACGUCUUGGCUUUUUUAUUGUUGUUCAUCGGUCUGCUUUUGUCCACCUUGAUAUUCUUUUGCGAAUUACAAGCCGCGAAACGGAAUAGAAAGAGACGUUAG